UUUUUUUUUGUCUUCCUUUCCAUGUAUUCGAAAAUCUUAUGUGUGGCAGAAAAACCAAAAGCAGCAAAAAAUAUUACCCAGAUCUUAUCUCAAUCAAACUUUCAAUCCCGUGAAUCUGGUAACAAGUAUGUUCGCAAUUAUACCUUUGAUUAUACUUUGAAUCAAAGAACUGUUUCUAUGGUUAUGACAUCAGUUCUUGGUCACUUGACUGAUUUGGAUUUUCCUGUCUCUCAUCGAAGUUGGACUGGUUGUGACCCUGGAGAUCUUUUCCGAUUGAACGUUAUAGAAUCUAUUCCUGAAGAUAUGAAAAACGUCGCUCAAAACUUACGAAACCAAGCACGUUCAGCAGACGUUUUAUUCAUAUGGACUGAUUGUGAUCGUGAAGGUGAAAGUAUUGGUGGUGAAGUGGUACAAGUAUGUCGAAAAGUCAAUCCGAAUAUACAAGUAUGGCGAGCUCACUUUUCUGCUAUGCAGCCAGGUCCUAUACAUCAUGCUGCUCAAAACCCAGGUACCUUGGAUGAACAGGCUAUACAAGCUGUUAUGACUCGCAGAGAAUUGGAUUUACGUACUGGGGCAGCAUUUACCCGAUUCCAGUCUAUUAGAUUACGAGGACUUAUUGGUGGUAAUGAUUCGAUGAUUAUCAGUUAUGGAAGCUGUCAAUUUCCAACCUUGGGAUUCGUGGUGGACCAAUAUCUUAGACGUGAAAAUUUCAUACCUGAGGAAUUCUGGAAGAUUACUGUUAGUUAUACGGAAAAUAUACCAAAUGCUCCACCUUUACAAACGAUAUUCAACUGGAAACGCAAUCAUUGCUUUGAUCGACAUACUUGUUUUGUUCUCUAUGAUCAAUGUGUGAAGAAUCCAAUGGCCACGGUGACAAAAGUAACGAAAAAGAAUGUGAGCAAAUGGAAGCCUCUUCCUUUGACGACAAUCGAACUUCAAAAAGUAGGAACAAGACAUUUACGAAUGACUGGUGAACAAAUUAUGACUAUUGCUCAAGGCCUAUAUACUGAAGGUUUUAUCAGUUAUCCAAGAACUGAAACAGAUCAAUUUGACAAGAAUUUCCAGUUUAAACCUCUUAUUGAAAUGCAAACACAACAUUCGUCUUGGGGAUCUUAUGCACAAAGAUUAUUAGAUGGCGAAUUUCAAACACCCAGAAAUGGUAGAAACAACGACAAGGCGCAUCCACCUAUUCAUCCAACAGCUUACAACGGCAAUUUGACGGGUGAUCAACAAAAAGUAUAUGAAUUCGUUGUUCGUCGUUUCCUUGGUUGUUGUUCGGCUGAUGCUGUGGGCUAUGAAACCGUGGUGAAUAUUGAUAUUGCAACAGAAAAGUUUGAUACAAAAGGUCGAAUCAUUGCUCAAAAGAAUUAUCUAGAAAUCUAUACUUAUGAUGUGUGGCAGGGAUGUACCAUUUCUAACUUUGAGGAACGACAACAAUUCAAACCAACAUCUUUGAUGAUGAAAGCCGGCAAGACAGAAGCUCCUAGAUUAUUGACUGAAUCAGACUUGAUUGCCAAAAUGGAACAACAUGGUAUUGGAACAGAUGCAACCAUUUCAGAGUUGAUAAAAAAGAUUCUACUUCGGCAAUAUGCUUUCAAGGUCUCUCAACGCUACUUUAUUCCAUCUACCUUGGGGAUUGGUUUGGUCAAAGGAUAUGAAGACAUUGGUUUUGAAGAAAGUCUCAGUAAGCCCAAGCUACAUCAAAUGAUGGAAACCGAUUUAAAGUCAAUUUGUGAAGGCAACAAAACAAAGGAACAAGUACUUCACGAUAGUAUAGAACGGUAUUAUUCCAUGUUCAACCGUAGUGUAUGGGAAUUUGAAAAAUUAUAUGCAGCUGUCAAUACAUACUAUAAUGCCGAAGAAGAUCGUCGACGAAGUCGUGGACAAGGGACCUUUUUGGAUCAUGCUAGCUUGAAUGCAGACAACGUGGAUGGAUCGAACGAUGAACGGACCACUAGAGGUCGUGGUAGAGGUCGUGGUAGAGGUCGAGGAGGAACAACUGGUCGUGGUAGAAGCCGUGGACGUGGACGAUGAAAAACAUCAACAAUCAAAAAAAGACUCAUCAUUAGGUCCAGUAUCAUCAUCAUCAUCAUCACUUUAUAUCUUUAGAACAUAGAUAGUAUCAUCAUUUUCACUCUCAUUUGUUUUUUUAUAUAUGUAUAUAUCACUUUUUUCUUUUUCGUGUAGAUAUCCUUGUUUUAAUCUAGUUUUACUUAUCCCUAAUUGAUUCUUUUUUUUUUCUUCAUUUUUUUUACAUAUAUUUUGUUGAUACCAUUCUCUCCAUAGACUCAUCUUCUAUUCAAAAUAAAAACCGUUGUUCUAUGAAUAUAUUGAAAUAUGUACAGACAAAGGAAACUAUGAACAAAGGUGCGGAGAAAUUCUCGAAUGUAUUCUAUUUCGUUUCUCUCUUUAAAGGUCAUGAAUAAAUCAUCUUGUUUCUGUAUGAUUAUUUGGAUCAAAAAGAAAGUCACCUUCUUUUUCUACGAC